CCCUCUUCCUUGCGUCCCUCCCUGCCUGGCUGGAAGCUGCUCGGGACCGGGACGCAGAGUCCGCGGACCCGGCGCCGAGGCGGUCGCCCGAGACGCUGCGCUCACGCUCCCGCCAGCGCAGCCCGGCCCGGCCCGGCCAUGGCGGCCCCCCGCCCGCCUCCGGUGAUCUCCGUCUCGGCUCCGGCUUUUUACGCCCCGCAGAAGAAGUUCGGCCCGGUGGUGGCCCCAAAACCCAAAGUGAAUCCUUUUCGGCCUGGGGACAGCGAUCCUCCCGCUGCGGCAGGGGCCCAGCGCGCACAGAUGGGUCGGGUGGGCGAGAUCCCCCCGCCGCCCCCGGAAGACUUUCCCUUACCUCCGCCCCCUCUCCUUGGGGAUGGUGAGGACACGGAGGCUGCUCUGGGAGGUCCCUUCCCACCUCCACCUCCCCCAAUCGAGGAGGAACCGUUUCCCCCUGCACCUCUGGAGGACAUCUUUCCUUCCCCGCCGCCUCCACUGGAGGAGGAGGGAGGGCCUGAGGCCCCCGCCCCGCUCCCUCCGCAGCCCAGGGAGAAGGUGAGCAGUAUUGACCUGGAGAUUGACUCUCUGUCUUCGCUCCUGGAUGACAUGACAAAGAAUGAUCCCUUCAAAGCCAGGGUGUCAUCUGGAUAUGUACCCCCACCAGUUGCUACUCCAUUUGUCCCCAAGUCGAGUCCUAAACCUGCGUCUGGGGGCACAGCACCUCUGCCUCCUUGGAAGGCCCCUUCUAGUGCUCAGCCUCCAUCUCAGGCUCAGCCUCCGUCUCAGGCUCAGCCUCAGAGCCAGAUACUCUUCCAUGUCCAGCCCCAGCCCCAGCCCCAGCCCCAGGCCAAGCCUCAGGUCAAGCUCCAUGUCCAGCCCCAGCCCCAGGCCAAGCCCCAGGCCCAACCCCAGCCUGUGUCUCCAGCUAACACACAGCCCCGAGGUUCCCCAGCUCCAUCUCCAGCCCCUAAGUUUUCUCCAGUGGCUCCCAAGUUUACUCCUGUGGCUUCGAAAUUCAGCCCUGGAGCCCCAGGUGGACCUGGAUCACAGCCUAAUCAAAAAUUGGGGCCUCCUGAAGCUCCAUCUUCCACCAGCACAGGCUCCCCUCAGCCUCCCAGCUUCAUCUAUGCUCAGCAGAGGGAGAAACCCCGAGUACAGGAGAAGCAGCACCCAGCACCCCCUCCGGUUCAAAACCAAAGCCAGGUGUUGGGGUUUCAGGUGCGCUCUCCUGGGGCCCCAGGACCCCUGACUCUGAAGGAGGUGGAAGAGCUGGAGCAGCUGACCCAGCAGCUGAUGCAGGACAUGGAGCAUCCUCAGAGGCAGAGCGUGACAGUGAAUGAGUCCUGUGGCCGGUGCCAUCAGCCACUGGCCCGGGCACAACCUGCAGUCCGUGCAUUAGGGCAGCUAUUCCACAUCACCUGCUUUACUUGCCACCAGUGUGAACAGCAGCUCCAGGGACAGCAGUUCUACAGCCUGGAGGGGGCGCCAUACUGUGAGGGCUGCUAUACCGACACCCUGGAGAAGUGUAACACCUGUGGGCAGCCCAUCACUGACCGCAUGCUGAGAGCUACUGGCAAAGCAUACCACCCACAGUGUUUCACCUGCGUGGUCUGUGCCUGCCCUUUGGAGGGUACCUCCUUCAUCGUGGACCAGGCCAACCGGCCCCACUGUGUCCCUGACUACCACAAGCAGUACGCCCCGAGGUGCUCUGUCUGCUCGGAGCCUAUCAUGCCUGAGCCUGGCCGUGAUGAGACUGUGCGAGUGGUCGCUCUGGACAAGAACUUCCACAUGAAGUGUUACAAGUGUGAGGACUGUGGGAAGCCACUGUCCAUUGAGGCAGAUGAAAACGGCUGCUUCCCUCUGGAUGGCCAUGUGCUUUGUCGGAAGUGCCACACUGCUAGAGCCCAGACCUGAGUGAGGACCAGCUUCCUUCCAGAAGGUCCAUUCCAUAUUUUGGACCACCCACACUGAGACCAAUCCUUGCCUCCACCCAUCUCACCCCUCCUCCAUUCCAAACCCCUCCCCAGCAUCUCAAGUGCGAUAACCCAGGGCCCCACCAGGGUGCCAAGGCCCAGCCUUGGGCUCCAGUCCUUGACAUUCUGCAGGGAUAGCCCACCUUCCUCCAGGUCCCCACCCGAGGGGCACCAGUUUAGUGCUGCUGCUUUCACUGCUGCACCGAUGCCCUUGGUUAGCCUGAGCAGCCUCUGCACUCUGCUUGCUGAGGGCUGGGGAGAUGGCCUGUGCCUCUGGGAGCCUGGCCCCAGCCUGGAUACCCACCCUACCCAUGCUGCCAGGUUGUGGCUACAGCUAAAAAUUAAAAAACCUUGUUUUACAGAAUUUUCUGUAGUCGAUUGA